AAAGAGUCGCGGCAGGAGCUACUGUGCCGGAAGGGCCUGGGUUCCGGGGACCCCGGCGCCCCCAGCCUAGGUGGGGCCCAGGACCCGCCCCCAAUCUGGGUCAGAACUGCCUCCCCUCCCCCACCCAGGGGCUCCAGUUUCAGACCCUGUGACCAGGACAGCAGCUGCCCAGGACAAAAUGGGGGGGCAUCCCCCGCUCUGACCACGGAGGCCGCUGGGCCAGGGCCUCCCCUUCCCCUUCUCUCUUUCCUCUCCUCCAAGCCCCUCCUGGGUCCCCUGCAGAACCCCUGAUGCAGAGACCAAACCAGAAGCUCCUGUCACCCCUCUGGUUGCCCCUUAGAGCCCUCCCAGCCUGACCAAUGUCCACAGCCAGGGAGCAGCCCAUCUUCAGCACACGGGCCCACGUGUUCCAGAUUGACCCGGCCACCAAGCGGAACUGGAUCCCUGCGGGCAAGCAUGCGCUCACUGUCUCCUAUUUCUACGAUGCCACCCGCAAUGUCUACCGGAUCAUCAGCAUUGGGGGCGCCAAGGCCAUCAUCAACAGUACUGUCACCCCCAACAUGACCUUCACUAAAACCUCUCAGAAGUUUGGGCAGUGGGCAGACAGUCGUGCCAACACCGUCUAUGGCCUUGGCUUUGCCUCUGAGCAGCAUCUGACCCAGUUUGCUGAGAAGUUCCAGGAAGUGAAGGAAGCAGCAAGGCUGGCUCGGGAGAAAUCUCAGGAUGGCGGGGAGCUCACCAGUCCAGCCCUGGGGCUCGCUUCCCACCAGGUGCCCCCGAGCCCCCUCGUCAGUGCCAACGGCCCGGGCGAGGAGAAGCUGUUCCGAAGCCAGAGCGCAGACGCCCCCGGCCCCACCGAGCGGGAAAGGCUCAAGAAGAUGCUGUCGGAAGGGUCGGUGGGCGAGGUGCAGUGGGAGGCCGAGUUCUUCGCUCUGCAGGACAGUAACAACAAACUGGCGGGCGCCCUGCGAGAAGCCAACGCCGCCGCCGCUCAGUGGAGGCAGCAGCUGGAGGCCCAGCGUGCAGAGGCCGAACGGCUGCGGCAGCGGCUGUCUGAGUUGGAGGCCCAGGCAGCUGCUGAGCCGCCCCCAGCCAGCGAGAAGGAAGUGCCAGGCCAGUCGCUGGAGCAGCUGGAGGCACUAGUGCAAACCAGGGACCAGGAGAUUCAGACACUGAAGAGUCAGACUGGUGGGCCCCGCGAGGCCCCAGACACUGCCGAGCGCGAGGACACGCAGCAGAAGGUGCAGGACCUGGAGACCCGCAACGCAGAGCUGGAGCACCAGCUGCGGGCGACGGAGCGCAGCCUGGAGGAAGCACGAGCUGAGCGGGAGCGCGCACGGGCCGAGGUGGGCAGGGCCGCACAGCUACUGGAUGUCAGGCUGUUCGAGCUGAGCGAGCUGCGUGAGGGCCUGGCCCGCCUGGCCGAGGCAGCACCCUGAGCCAGGGCCCUCAGGGGCCAGUUUUACAUGGACAACUCCUGCCCACAACCUGGGCUAUGCCGCAGGCGGCACAGUUGGGCCCAUUUGCCUUGGCAGGACUGGGGGCCCAAUUCAGCCUGGGGCUGGCCUGGCCACAGAUCUUCAGCUGGCCCUGGCCACUCAUGGCUCGAGGGCUGUUUCUGAGCUUCUCAUUGUGUAGAAUUUCUAGAAUACCCAGGGUGCGUGCUGAUGCCCAGAUUACAUUUCUAAGCGUG